UAUUGUUACACUUCAGUCAGCUGUCGGCCGUCUUGAGGGGUAGUUUGUGGAAAAGUCCCACGACAGAAUCAACGAAGCUAUUUCCCUGUCAGGCGACGGUAUUGCCCGACGAGGCUCGUGACAGGCGCGUACUCGCCCCUUGUAUACGAUAGGGAGAAUUGCUGCGAUAAAUAAACGCUAAUUAAUAUUACAUAAUUAACGGGGAUUAAUGUUAAUCGGAGAAAAUAAGAGAUACUCCUGUUAAUUAUUAAAAUCAUCUGUGGAAAAAAGAGAUAUUUUUGUUGAUUAUUAAAAUCAUCUGUGGAAUAAGUUCUUCUCGUGCGGGGGGUGAAGGCACGACAAAAAAUCGCGAUCAACGUAAUUAAGAAAGGAAAAAAAAGAGGCGAAUGUAAGCAAAUUAACAGAAACAUUCUUUCAUUUUCCGAACUUAUCGAACGAAGCGAUUUAAUAGGGCGAUCCACGUGAAGAGAUAAAAUCGUCGAACGGAUCACAAUGAAUCGAGAGAGAGAAUGACCGUGAGAUGGAGAAUUCAUCGAAGCGCGAGAAGAACAGAACCUUCAAUCCGUGGAACGACGCACAAAUUUUAACGCACGUACCCUCGAACGUCGCCCGAACGUCGUCCGAUUUCGUCCGUAUGAGGCUAUUCAACGCGCCCGUGAUGCCGUCGCGAACCUACAACAACAACAACCGCAAUUCCGCGGAUGUCGGGGAUGAAAAUUACUACAACAGCAACGAUAGAGCGCCGUUUGAUUAUUUGAAGGCCAGCAACGCUCCCCCGUCGUACACCGUCAACACCGUGCACCUGCAGAAUCCCUAUAAACCGCCUCAACCGCUGGAGGGAUUCGCGUCCCGCGAUCAGACGAAGGGUAUGUAUCAGUCGCAAGAUUUCAUUCUGAGGUCGAGAUACAACAAUGUGUUCGCAAAGAAGGAAUCAGCCGCAAACAACGAUCAGGAGAACGAAAAAACUGAAAGUAUUGCUGUUAGAUCGAAGACUGGGAAGAAGCAUCAGAAACUCGCAGAAAUCAGUGAACUUGCCAAGCAAUAUUGCUCGUACAGCACCCUGCACGGUUUGCGUUACGUCGGUGACUCGGGUCUGUCAAUCGUAGAAAGAAUAUUUUGGAUAAUCUCGUUCACCACCGCGCUAACAGUGGCAAUAUAUUACAUUUGUUAUCUUUAUCAGAAAUGGAAUGGGGCUCCCAUCAUUAUUUCUUUGAGCCCCGAUCCAAUUUCCCUCAACGAAUUUCCGUUUCCCUCCGUAACAAUAUGUAAUAUGAAUAGAUUGAAGAAGUCGGAGGCAAAACGGAUUCUUCGUGGGACCGACGAGAUGGAUAAACUAUUGAUGGAUGAUGUUUGCAAUUCGGAAAACAAUUCAACUUACGACGAACACCAGACUGCAGACUGGGACAGAGUGCUGAAGUUUAUGAUCAAUGUAACCCAGCCGUGCACAGAUAUGUUACACUACUGCCUCUGGCACGGGAAUACGACCGAGUGCGAGAGGAUUUUUAAUCCUACCAUGACCGACGAGGGUAUUUGUUGCAAUUUCAAUUCGGUGACCAAGAAACAUCUCUUUUACAAUGCACGCGAUUGGCCCGAUCUGAAUAUAACGUAUCCAUCCGAGAGCGUUGAUUGGAAUGCCGAAAAGGGAUACGAUGCGAGUAUGCCGGCGGAUGUUAUACCAUGGAGACCAUACGGUGCUGGACUGUACUAUGGCUUGACUUUGGUACUUGAUGCCGGUUUGGAUGAAUAUUACUGUUCGUCGACCGCCGGCGCGGGCUUUAAAAUGCUGCUGCACAAUCCCGUGGAGACACCGAAAAUCGCCGAUUUCUCCUUCUCGAUCACGCCGGGCGAGGAGACCCGGGUGAUCGUGAGGCCACGGAUAAAUAGCGCUAAUCCAUCGAUAAUCUCCAUAGCGCAGAAAAAGCGCAAGUGCUUUUUCACGGCCGAAAGAAAAUUGCGUUACUACCGGACGUACACGCAGAGGAACUGCAUUCUGGAGUGCGAGGCGAAUUUCACGCAGCAGCUCUGCGACUGCGUGCAAUACUAUAUGCCAAAAUCAUCGAACACGCCGAUUUGCGGCAAGAGAGACGAAAUGUGCGCUAAACGUGCCAGACGAGCCAUGGAAGUGAAGCUCUACGACGAGGAUUUGACGAAUCCGCUCAAUGUUACGGAGAUACCGAGCUGUAAUUGCUGGCCGGCCUGCUUCGAGAUCAAUUACCGGAUAGAGAUGUCGCAGAACAAACUGGUGCCGACCAUCGAAGUCGACAAGCGAUACGUAAAGAAGAACAUGGAGUACUUCACGGAAAACAUGGCGGUGGUUCACCUGUUCUUCGUGGACUCCCAAUUCACGAAAUACGUGAAAAAUGAGCUCUUCGGAUUCAUCGAAUUUCUAUCGAGUACAGGAGGCUUGCUGGGUCUCUUCAUGGGCUUCAGUUUUUUGUCGUUCAUGGAAAUAUUGUACUUCUCGACUAUGCGGGUGUAUUGCCGCUUGCACAAUCGCCAGGAACUACGGAGACCCGUGCUUCAUCCGAUAAGCGACAAUAAGAAAGCGGUCUAUCCGUUCAUGAAUUGAAUUAGAUGCAGAUGUCACCUAUAUACAUAGCGACCUGGCGGUUGAAGUGUAUCGUCGGAAGACACAUUAUCAGGCCAUAUUCAGAACGCGCUUACAAACAACGUUAGCACGCAUUUAGCGUAUAGUCUGUAUACGCUGUUUACGUUACACGUACUAUAGAAUCUCAAGACGCGCUAACAUCGUUCAAGCGUGUUCUGAAUACGAGCCCGAAUAUUAUUAUACUUUUAACCGAUAAUUAACUCGACCGACAGAACUUACAGCAACGCUAUUAACUAUAUAUACACGCAUAAUUCUAAUUUCUCGCUGGAGAAAUACUCGUAAUCUCUGACUCCAUGGAAUAAUGAUUUUCCGAAUUUAGGAAUUCUGACUUUAGAAUAGUUUAGAAAUUAUUAAUUAGAAUUCAUUUAAUCUCUAGAAUGAGUAUAAUUGUGUGUGCUUGUAAAGACGAAUUAUCCAUUUCUGGAUAAUUAAAAAGAAAAUUUCAAUCAACGAAAA